CAAUUUCAAUAUGGCUGAUUCCUUUGUGUGUUGAUCUUAAAUUUCUUAUAUUUCUGACAUCAAAAUCCUCAUAUGCGUAAUAUUGAAGCCAAAAGUACAAUUUUAAAUAAUGAGUGAUAAACGAAGCCCCAAAUCAAAGAAGAUCGACGUCGGUGGCUCUUCGUUGGUCGAUCUUAAGGCAGAACUUGCUAGAAAACAGGAGCAGGCCAGACGGGACAAAUUUCAAGCCGAAGGUGAAGGGACCAGAGUUACAAGGUCACGCGCUGCAGCAGGAGAUAAAAAACCCUUGCCUUGGAGCAAGAAAAACGUUGGCAUUGAGAAGAGAUCAGAGCGAGAUAUAGAGCAACAUGAAGAAGAGGAGAAGAGCUUUAGCAAUUCAAGGGCGGCUCUUGAAGCUAAGGUGAAACUAUAUGAACACAUGUCAUCUGGAUUGGCAGCGUCAGAUCUAGAAAAUACAGAUCGAUUUCUGGUGGACUUCGAAAGGAAAGCCAAAGAGACGAUGGCAACACCGACAAAAAAGAGGGGAAGGCCGCCAAAGAAGAAGAAUGCAGAGGAUGAAGCCGAUGGAGAGAUGUCGACAGAUCUGACUGACGCUGAUAGUCUCGAGGCGGAAUGGGUCGACUACACAGACGCGUUGGGGAGGUCAAGGCGAUGCUUAAAGAAGGACCUUCCAGAUGUAAUCAAAAUGGAUAGAGAUCUAGGCAGAGGAGCUGAAGAGAGGGCCGAAAAUCCAGACUUGCUAUCUGAAGACAUGCGUCGUGAGAGGGAGAGGGAAGCGUGGGAGAAGCAGGCCCAGCAGGAGGCAGAGAAACCUGUGGGGCCAGAACAUUACCAGAAUGUUAGGAACAACGAAAUUCGUGACUUAGGAGUCGGAUACUAUGCCUUUUCUGAAGACGAAGGCACUAGGCAGCAGCAGAUGGAACAACUUAAGCAGCUUCGCGAAGAGACGGUAGAACAACGUGACAAACGGGAGAAACUAAAAGAAAAGCGAAAAUCAGCAUUGCAUGCGAGACUGGAAAAAGUAAAGCAGCGCAAAAAAUUGAAAGGAAUUGAAGAACCAGAGGAAUUCAAAGAGGAAGAAGAGAAAGAAGAUGCCGAGGAAACAGUGAGCAUAGAACUGGAACAGAAGCCACCACCACCGAUACGGGAAUGGGACAGAGGAAAGGUUUACCAUCGAGAGUUGACACAGGACGAGUGGAUAGAGAAGCGGCGAGGAGAACGGCCGACUCAGUUCGCCCCGUCCUACCCGUAGCGUUAGCCGACGAUGAUGUCGUUCAUGUUUUGCUGUAUGCUGUGUGCUUGUUGAUGAUGAUGAAUAAAACCGUGCAGGUACGUGACGCACCCCUGUAUCCAGA